UUAAUUUUUUAAAAGAAUUUUAUCUCUACUAUAAAUUUCCUUUUCUCUUUUGAUUUUUAUUACUUUUACUUGUUUUAAUUAUGAGAUAUUCCAUUAAUGACUAAAUCAACUAACAUUAAAUUGUCUAACAAACAAAACAAAGACCUAAUGUUUCGGCUAAUAUAUAGGCCGCAACACCUUAGAUUCAAUCAUAAUCUCUUUUUUUUUCGUAAACUAAAAACCAUGAUGAGAGACAAUACUCAUCCUUCUCCCUUUAAACUGAAACUUGACCAUCAACUCGAACAUCGACAAGAAGCAGAAGAGUUCAGUAUCGAUGCUAAUGUCAAGAUAAUCCGACAAGGGUCUCUUCCAUUACAAGAGGCCUUCUUCUCCUCCACUGUCGACAAUUUCAUAUUUGAAGACGAAGAUUGUCCAGAGAAAGUAGAACUCUACGAGUUAUUUAUCGACGCUGGAAUAGUCGAGUUCGAUGCUCAGUUUAUGCUUAUUGACAUGAUUUUGUACGUUUCUGAAAAAACAAAGUCGCUUGAUGACGAUUACAAAGGAGUUUUAACGUUGACGGUCGAAGUUACGUUACCACCGGAACCGGUCGAGCUUAUCCAUGCCGGUUUAGAGCAAACUCAAUCCCAAGAAGCAAUUGCGACGAAGACGGUAGAGCAAAGGUUGAAACAAAAUCAUAAAAUACAAAAAAGCGUGUACAAAAUUGGGGCUGAUGGCGUUUCAUUGGUCCGAAUCGCGGAAGGUAGCUAGGUAGGUUUUGUUACUUGGUAGAGAAGCAAGACUUUUAGGGUGUUUUAAUCCUUUUGUUUUCCUUUUGGUUAACAGUUUUGUGUUCAUUAACUCUAAUACUAAACUAAUGAAGACUUAUCUACAAGGUCCAUCUGAAAUUUUGGGGGCUAUAGAAAAUUUAAUAAAAAUUUAUAGAAAAUUUUUGAAUGUAUAAUAUUUUAAAAAAAGUUUGGGACUAUAACUCAAUAAUUCACUAGCAUAUUGGCUCAGGACCGGGCAUGUUUAACCAUUGUUAAGCAGAGACGACACUUUGUAUAUGAUCCCAGGUUUCUAUGUAACGUUUGUGGCUCCAAAAAAAGAUAAGCACCGAAAGUAAACGAAAAUACGCACUGGCGAGUGGCGAGUCAAUCUUGAACCAGCAUUCAAAUGAUAUGGCUCCACCUUUAUUCUCGGAUUAUAUAAACUAAAUAAAACUGUAGCUUAUAUAUUUUAUAAGGUUCAUUGGUUUUUUUCUUUCAUUAAGGUUUUUUUUAGUGUAAAUGUUAAAAUUUUAUACCAAAAUUUUCUUUUUGACAGACAUUACAGUGAAAACUAGUAUCAGAUAAAUAAAAGAAAAACUAAACAACACAGAAAUGGAAGAGGAAAGUAACUAAAUAACCUAGGCGGCAAUAUUACAAAUAACACUAGUCUACAGGCAACACAAGAGGCAAGAGCUGGACCAAGAGAAAAGCAUUGCCAAAUGGGAAGAGUAUCUUUGAUAUACCAUGAGCCACGCUCGAUAAUUUUGGCCUCCCCGAAACGCUGCUCAAAAUGAUUGAUACCUUCACCACACAGCUCUGCAAACCUCCUAGUCAACUGAAGAACCGAACAACCAACCACCACCGGAGGUAGGAGCACAGAACCAAAAGCUAACACCUCAAAUCAUACCCGAAAGCUAAACUGCGCCUUCUGGAUAGUCAGAACUAGAUCACCGAGCCACCUAUUUGAUCGACUUCGGAAGUAAUGCGAUCCAAGCAAAAAACGGGUUGUAAACACCACCAAAACCCCGACCUGAAGCCUCUAACCUGCAAAGAGAAGUAAUGCUGCACCACUACACAAGGACAAAUAAACUUAUGCAAUGCUGGGAUGUGAGCACAACCAAGCGAGCCACUAGAGCGAUCGACGACUGCAACCGAGAACCGCCAUCUACACUUGAAGUCUUCGAGAACCGAAGAAACAACACUCAAAGCUGAGAGAAUCCAUGUCUGGUGCCAAACAGAGACAGAACACACAUGAAGCAUGAGGCAAACUCCACAAAGAAGGCUGAGGCCUUCACUCGGAGAACACAGACGAGGGUCGAGCAGAGGAGUUCCGAAAUGAUGAAGCACCGUGAGCAGCCAUCCAGGAGCCAUAGAUGACCACCCUUCACAGCUACUAACCGCACUUACAUGAGCCAAAGCUGAGCCAAGUACCAUCUUCCGCCUGCAUACGAGAACCAAGGUUCGCCACUGUGGUAGAACGACCCACCGGAGCUCACCAGACGCCGACGAAGAGGAGCCUGACGCACGACGACACUGCCAUGAACCGAGACGCCACCCACCGGAGUCACCUAACCUCCAAUCGAUCCCGGAAGAGAUCCUCCGACCAAACCGAAGGAGAGCAAGUGGAACAUCCCCCACAAGGACAGCGAAAACCAGAGAGACCUAGAGGAAAACCAGUCGACUCUUGAGCCCAAAAAUCCGGCCAUUACCUCGAAACCACCGAACUACCAUCUCACCGCGAAGCCAGAAGAGACUGAGGUGCCACUGGAUCCGACACUCCUCUCGAGCAUAGAGCUUCCCGGAGCAGAAUCAGAAACCCAUAUCCGUGAGUAUAUCGAAGGAGACACAGAGCCGUGCUUCAAGCAUAACCAAAAAGGCUUACGUAUAAGGCCCCCAAAUUAUAUAGUUUUUUUAGGAUCUCAAAUUCUAGAAAAUAGUUAGUAGCAUGGUAAUUUAAAUUUGCUAUUUAUUUAUUCAUUAAAUUGUUUUUAGAAAAAAAUAGUAGUUUAUUUUACUGUCAAUUUUCCAAAUUGAAAAAGAAUAUAUGUUUUGUAUGUCAAACUCCUAAAUAAAAAUAAAAAUAAAAAAGUAUGGUUACUUUAUAUAUAUUUUCUAUAUAUUCCUAAGUAUUCUACAUACAGUCUUCAUAUCAAUCUAGUUUGAUGGCAUCUUGAACCAAUUUUGAAGCAGUUUUAAAGCUUGGAAAUCAUUCUGAUUUUAUUGGGAUCGAUGAUUUGUGUUUUGAACUGGUGGUUCUAAAAGAAGUUUUGCUACGAUAUUAUAAAAGACCUCUUAGAAGUUUUGAACUUCUUGAAAAGAAGGGAAAAAUAUUAUCCAAACUCAUGGAUGAUAUCUUAUCUAUUAUUUGACGCUUCUUAUUUUAGUCGCUACCGCUCAAAAAAACUUUUUCAAGUUAAAGUUAAUAAAUUCUUAUAUGCGAUCAAUCAUGUCGCAGAAAAUGUUAAAUGGUCUAGCAAUCAUAUCUAUAUCUAUUAGAUGGAAGAUAAUUAGUUAAGAAUCUAGAUUAUGAAAUUUGAAUAAAAAGUUUAUCGAAAAAUAUGAAAGAAAUUUUUUGUCUUAGUUUUUUAAGUUAUUGUUUUUUUCAAAUAUAUAUUAUUUUCUUAUUAAAAAAAUUAUAAAAAAAACUCCAUUUUUUCUAUUUUCCUCAGACCCCAUUAAACCUUCGCACGGCACUGAGACAUGGUGAGAAAGAAGCAAAAGCAAAAGAGAAGCAAGGAGACAGCCAAAGGGAAGCCUCCGGUGCCGGUUCGUGCGUGCACGCGCCACCGGAUGCUGGAGCGGACGUGAGCACUUUUAUAAACUGAUGAGAGAGGUGCGAGCGUGAGAAGAGGAGAGCGGUUUAUUUUUUUGGUGUAAAUGUUCUGAAGAAGGUUCAUUGGUUGAUAAUCAUAUUUAUUCUCGUUUGAUUUAAAGGUACAACAAACCCAA